AUGAGGUGCCACUACGAGGUGCUCGGCGUCGAGCGGGACGCGGACGACGACGCGCUCAAAAAGGCGUACCGCAAGCUGGCGCUCAAGUGGCACCCCGACAAGAACCAGGACCAGAUCGAGCUCGCCACCGAGACCUUCAAGCAGAUCCAGUCCGCCUACGCGGUGCUCUCGGAUAAGCACGAGCGCGCAUGGUACGACGACCACCGCGAGGCCAUCCUGCGCGGCGCCGGCGGCGGCUCCGCGGGCGGCGGCGACGAGGACGACGACGGCGGCUUUGACCUGUGGGCGUACUUCUCGUCGUCCGCCUACUCGGGCUUCGGCGACGACGAGCGUGGCUUCUACGCGGCGUACAGCCGCGUGUUCGAGGCCGUCGACAAGGCGGAGCGCGACAGCGGCGCCAAGGGCAAGCCGCCGGCUCCGGAGCUCGGCCGGUCGGACGCCGCGUGGAGCGAGGUGCGCGGCUUCUACGCGCACUGGGAGGCCUUCUCGACGGGGCGCUCGAUGGCGCACGUGGACCUGUACGACACGCGCGAGGCGCCCAACCGGCAGGUGCGGCGCGCGAUGGAGAAGGAGAACGACAAGGCGCGCGCCGCGGCUCGCAAAAAGGCAAACGAGUGCGUGCGCGCCCUCGCGGCGUACGUCAAGAAGCGCGACCCACGGAGGCUCGCUGGCAUGGCAGCAUUGGCCCAAGAGGACGAGGACGACGACGAGGACGAGGACGAGGGCGAGGAGCAACAGCUGCAGCAGCGAGGGCGCGAGCAGCAGCAGCAGCAGCAGGAGAGCGAGGAGGAGGAGGAGCGCGAGGCAGCAGCGGUCGUGGAGUCGGCAGAGACACCGGACGCCGCUCUGGGGCAGGUGCUCAACGCCGCGGCGCGGCGACGCGCCAAAAAGUCGCAGCGCCAGCAGGCGCAGGCGGCCGCGGUGGGCGGCGACGGCGAGGACGGCGAGAGCGCGACGCUGUGCAAGGUCUGUGGCCUCGAGUGCGGCAGUAGGAACAAGCUCUUCCAGCACAUCAAGGCCAACCCGACGCACGCCGUGCUCAAGGAGCAGCCAGCGCGAGGCAAGCGGAGGUGA